UGGGUACUGCUGGGUACUCUCUACCUGUGGACAUUGAUCCCAUACCCUCAGGUCCGCGUGUCAGUAUGCCACACAUCAGCUUCAGAGACAUGGGUAACCUUGUCCACCAGGCCACCAUAGCUGUUAAUGAGAGGUUUGACUCUAUAGAACCUGCCAUCUAUAACAGUGGUGCCCGUCUAGUGCCCGGUAGCCCCGCCUGGUUUAUGGCAGCCUCUCACAAGACUAAAGUGGUAGCCAAGAAUAUUUCAAGAAUAGCACUUAUAUCAGAAGAAGCUACCAGAUAUACUGCCCAACAGUACAACCUGGACCGGGACCAGGUGACGUACGGGUUGCCCACCGCGGACGUGCGGGGCACUGUCCUGGGCGACCAGUGCCCAGUGGAGGUUGACUUUCCCUGCCAGCCCAGGAAGUACCGAGCCUUCAACGGCUACUGCAACAAUGUACAGAACCCUAAAUGGGGCAAUGCCCUGACUCGGUACCUGCGCUUCCUGCCUGCCAGCUACGGUGAUGGGGUAUCAGUGCCCCGCCAGGCCACUGGGGGAGCAUUCCUGCCCUCAGCGAGGAGUGUCAGCCUGGCAAUGCAUGCCCGGGCAAGUGAUACACAGCAUAAGUUCAUGACAGCGAUGGCGGGCAUCUUUGGGCAGUUCGUGUCGCACGACCUGACGCACGCACCACAGAUGGCAGGUUAGUGU